AUGACUUCCGAACCACAUAUCAACAUAUCAAUCGAUCGUGGUGGUACCUUUUGUGAUGUACUAGUUCAAGCUCGUGGCCGAGAAGAUCUAGUUUUCAAGCUUCUUUCGGAGGAUCCUCAAAAUUAUCCAGAUGCACCUGCAGAGGCCAUCCGAAGGGCUUUAGAGAUCCUAGAAAGCCGGGAAAUCCCAAUAGGGGAGAAGAUUGAUGGAUCAAGCAUUGAGAUUUGUCGCAUUGGCACCACGAUUGCGACCAACGCCCUGCUAGAAGGAAAGGGCCGAGGAUUCGCUUUCAUUGCUACCAAAGGAUUCAGGGAUAUCUGUGUGAUUGGUGACCAAACCAGACCUCACUUAUUUGCUCUCAAUGUUCGAAAACCGGUGGCGUUGCACCAAAAAGUCGUCGAGAUUGAUGAAAGAGUCACAAUCGAGGACUAUGAUCUCAACCCUUUUCCUAUCGACAAAACCGCCGAAAUCACUGACCCAAACUUGAUUCGUACAGCAAGUGGUGAGAUCGUGCGUAUAAUCAAACCUCUGAAUGUGGAGGAAGCACGAAAAGUACUUGAAGAUUUGAAAAAUGAAGGCUACACUUCCGUGGCUAUCUCCUUCAUGCACUCAUUCCUCUACCCAGACCACGAGAAUCAAGUGGCGCAAAUAGCUAGAGAUCUUGGCUUCCAGUAUGUCACCACAUCAAAUGAGACAAGCCCAACAAUCAAAUAUGAGCAACGCAGUGCAUCUGUAUGCUCGGAGACUUAUCUAUUUCCAAUUGUUAAGGAUUAUAUUGCCUCCUUUCAGUCAUCAUUCAGCAUUCUUCCCAAAAGGGUUGAAUUCAUGAGCUCUGAUGGCGGUAUGAGACAGGCGAAUAAAUUCCGUGGUAACGAAGCGCUUCUCAGCGGUCCUGCUGGUGGUGUCGUUGGAGUUGCCCAAACUUGCUUUGAUACCGAAGAAGGAAUGCCCCUUUUAGGUUUUGACAUGGGUGGCACCAGUACCGACGUUUGUCGCUACGAUGGCAAGUACGACUACUUGACAGAAACUGUUGUUGCAGGUCGCAAGAUUAUUAACCCCAUGUUAAACAUAGCUACAGUUGCAGCCGGUGGCGGCUCCAUGCUCUUUGCGCGCCAUGGUAUGUUCGUUGUUGGACCUGAAAGUGCCGGUGCACACCCUGGUCCAGCAUGCUAUCGCAAAGGAGGUCCGCUGACUGUGACUGACGCGAAUCUGUUUCUGGGAAGAUUGGUUCUAUCGUCGUUUCCGGCAAUCUUUGGUCCUAACGCAAAUAUGCCCUUGGACUACGAAAUCACAGCUCAGAAGUUCCAAGAAAUCACACGUGAAAUCAACAAGCAGGCGUCUCAGAACUUAACGCCUGAGGAAGUUGCUCUUGGGUUUCUGAAUGUCGGUAAUGAAACCAUGAGUCGCCCAAUGAGAAACGCAACCGAGGUUCGGGGAUUUGCCCCAAGUGUUCACGCUCUUGUAAGCUUUGGUGGUGCUGGUGGCCAGCAUGCUUGUGCAAUUGCCGACAAACUGGGCAUUAAAAGGAUUCUUAUACACAAGUAUUCUUCGAUUCUCUCCGCUGUCGGAAUUGCACAGGCUGAGCUGCAAACAGAAGCUACAUCACCUUUUACAGGUAACUUCUCGAUGAAGAUUAUCUCGGAUAUUGAGCAACAUAUCCACAAACUCAAAUCGAAAGUCCGAGAUGAUCUAGUUGCUCAGGGUGCAGAUAGUAACACCGUUGUUUUCGAAGAGUCACUCAGUAUGAGAUAUGGGGGGACAGACACAAAUUUGAUCAUUUCUAAACCUGCCGAUAAUGACUAUGGCAGAGCUUUUAUUGAGGAGCAUCUAAGAGAGUAUGCCUUCAAUCUAAGUCGAGAGAUCUCGGUAAACUCGAUCAAGGUGCGCGGAGUUGGACGCAGCAAUGCGCCUACAGCAAGCACAUCACCUUACAAGGACUUGAGUCUCUUGAAGGGGCAGAGAGACUUCAUUACUUCCUCUACGAAACAGCCGGUAUUCAUUGGCUCCCAAUGGCAAGAUGUUCCGAUCUUCAACCUCGCCACGACUGCUAAGAAGAGCAAGAUUCACGGCCCUGCAUUGAUUAUUGACACGACUCAAACCAUAUUUGUAGAGCCUCAAUACGAUGCUUACAUCUUACCUAACCAUGUUAUCUUGGAGAGGACUAAUGAACGGAAUGCUCAAAGCCAAGACCUUGAUUCUAACACGAUUAAUCCUAUUGAUCUGUCCAUCUUCUCUAAUCGUUUCAUGGCUAUUGCCGAGCAGAUGGGUCACACCUUGCAAAGAACAUCCAUCUCAACAAGCAUUAAGGAGAGACUCGAUUUCUCCUGUGCUAUAUUCACAGCAGAAGGAAAAUUAGUUGCCAACGCCCCUCAUAUUCCGAUUCACUUGGGGAGCAUGCAAUACGCCAUCCAAUACCAACAUCGUCUCUGGAAAGAAAAAUUGAAACCUGGCGAUGUGCUGCUGAGCAAUCACCCUGAAUGUGGAGGAACACAUCUUCCGGAUAUUACUGUCAUCACCCCUGCGUUCAUUGACGGACAGAUUGCCUUUUACGUCGCGGCUCGUGGACAUCACACAGAUAUCGGUGGUGUGGGUAUUACAUCCAUGAUGCCUGGAUCAACGCAACUAUGGCAAGAAGGAUUCAACGUUCUCUCACUCCAAAUUGUCGACAAUGGACGGUUCCUCGAAGAAGAUGUACGAAAAGCAUUUCUCGCAGCAGGAGAUUUCCCAGGUUGCAGUCCAACUCGUCGUUUAGAUGACAACAUCUCAGAUAUCAAAGCACAAAUCUCGUCCAAUCAACGCGGCAUCAUUCUGUUACAGAAACUCUGUCAGGAAUUCUCCCUUCCAGUUGUUCAUAGGUAUAUGCAUGGCAUUCAGUCCAGUUCCGAAAUGGCUAUCAAAGAGUACCUCAGAGGAGUUGCCCAGACGCGGCAACUACCCCUAACAGCUUCAGAUCAUUUCGAUGACGGAACUAUACUCAAAGUUUCUAUUGAUAUUGACGACUCUGGCAGUGCUGUCUUUGACUGGGAGGGUACCGGACCGCAAAUGUGGGGAAAUUACAACUGUCCAAUUUCAAUCACCUAUUCUGCGGUCAUAUAUACCCUCAGGUGUCUAAUAGAUAAAGAGAUCCCUCUAAACGAUGGAUGUCUGUCUCCCAUCACUAUCAAAAUUCCUAAAGGCUCGGUUCUCCGCCCUAGUUCAGCGGUCGCUAUUUGUGGUAGCACCUUAGCUAGUCAACGCGUUAUCGACACUAUCCUCAAAGCCUUUGGCGAAGUAGCCGCUUUCUCCGGUUGUGCCAAUAGUUUUGGAUGGGGUAUGGGAGGCAAGAAUCCUAUCACCGGCGCAAUCGAACCGGGUUGGAACUACGGCGAGACCGUUGGUGGCGGAUGUGGAGCUGGACCAGGUUGGCAUGGAGAACAUGCUACUCAAGCACAUUCAACAAAUACUAAGAUCACAGACCCUGAGGUAGUUGAAAAGAGGACUCCAGUAAUUGUUCGCAGACAUGAGAUCAAUUAUGGAUCAGGUGGUAAAGGGAAAUUCAAUGGAGGUAACGGCGCUACUCGGGAGAUUGAAGCGCGCGUUCCGCUUAAGUUCAGCAUUCUUAGUGACAGACGGGUUUAUGCUCCAUAUGGCUUGAAUGGUGGUGAGCCGGGCAGUGUGGGCAAAAACUUUGUGUUCAAGUGGAAUGAGGAUAGAAGCGGCCAUGAAAAGCUUGCUGUGGGCGGUAAAACUGCACUUAGUUUAAAAGCUGGUGAGAUUAUGCAGAUCAACAGCCCUGGCGGAGGAGGUUGGGGUGCGCCGGAUUCAUGA